AUGGCGCCCGUAACUUCUGUGCCAUACCGCCACGGCGGUUGGCUGCCCAAGAACCGCGUCAUCAUGAUCGACUGGCUCAAGCACCUGGUCAAGGAAAUUGAUAAGAGACGUGAGCCUCUUACUCUUCCCAAUGAAGUCGAUGACCUUAGAAAGCUGAUUGAAAGCCGCCCCGAUCUCCGCAUGCUGGCGUCGGCCAUGCUCUCUGAGGUUCCAAACAAGGAGCCUUACCUCUCUGAUCCGGUUGGCAACAAACAGAUUCGAGACGUCGACCAUCUUCUCCAGCUCUUCGGCGUAGUCAUGACUACGAAAGCCCCCGAAUGGAGCCAGAAGGGAUACGAUGUUGGCCUUAUUGGAUUCCCUUUCAACACUGUUCUUGACUGGCCCAUGGCCACGCCCAGCGGAUAUGCCUUUUUCCUGAAGCCAGAGGUUAAUGAGAAGAUGCGGGCAAUUUUGAAUGCCUGGCGAGACGAGCUUCUGAUGACUUCUGACUCGCAGUACGUCAUCACCACUAAGGAAAACAUGUGGCUCAGCCAGCCGGCACUCGAGGCCAUUGAGAAAGACACAAACGUCGAUGGAAAGGACCGCAAAUUUGCAGAGCUCUUCAUUUGCGACCCCAAGGGCGACCCUGUCCAUUGGGGUUUCAAGUCCUGGGACGACUUCUUCGUCCGGCAAUUCAGAGACAUCGAUGUGCUCCGCCCCAUUGCAUCCCCCAAGCAGCCCGAAAUCUUAGCCAACGCGUGUGAGUCGAAGCCAUACGCGAGGCAGACAAACGUCCAGAGGCGAGAUGAUUUCUGGCUCAAAGGCCAGCCAUACUCGCUCUCCGAGAUGCUUGACGGCCACUCCUGGACCGAAGACUUUGUCGGCGGCACCGUCUACCAGGCAACAGAAGUCAUCCGCGGGACAUACUUCUCGGAGCCCACCAUCACCGGCUUCUACGACGGCAACACCCCCGACCCGGCGGCGCCGGAUCAGGCUCAGGGGUACAUCACUCACGUCGCCGCCCGGGCAAUCUUCUUCAUUGAGGCAGAGCCCCCGGUUGGCCGAGUGUGCCUCAUCUUUGUCGGCAUGGCGGACGUAUCGUCGUGUGAGAUUUUGAAGAAGUUCAAAACGGGUAAACCCACGCGUGUGGAGAAGGGCGAGCAGAUUGGCAUGUUCCAUCAUGGAGGCUCGACUCACUGUGUGCUGUUCCGCAAGGGGGUCAAGAUUGACUUUGUUCCGGGGGCUGAUCCUGCGACAGCUAAAAAGAACCUUAUGCUUCGGGCCAAGUUGGGCACUGUGACGGAGAUUUGA